UAGAAUAAAACAUACGGAAGAAACGUCCAUUGAGCCUGGUUUCUUCAGAUAACGAAACCAGAAUGUAAUUCUCAAUAUAUUCUGCCCAAAGAUGACUCAUGUCUUUUGCGGAUUUGAAUUGCUUAUGUUCAAGAGAUUCCACACUUGUCCAGAACAAUGGAUUGAGUUGAAAAGGACACUUUUCCAGAAGGGUGAUGGAGCUGACACGGAACACCUGGGGAAAAUUCCCCAGAGUCUGUGGUUCUUGUCUGUGGCUCUCCACAAAAGACCAGACUUUCUACUGCAGCUCAUUCGAGAAGAAACUGAGCGAGAAAUGAAAAAAAAACUAAGAAAACCAGGAGUGACUUUGCUGUGGACCUAUUUGAAUAACCACAAUUUCACAGAGUUCCACCUGGACAGCAUAUUUAAAUAUGGGGAUGACAACAAACUGCCAAAGGAGAUCUUCCGGUGUCCGAAUGUUAAGUUCUUGUCCCUGAAGUAUAACUGCCUAGAAAACCUGCCAUCUGACGUUGGUCGGAUGCAACAGUUGGAGUACCUGGCCCUUACCAACAACAAGCUCCAAGUGCAGUCCAUUCCCUACACACUCGUCUUCUGCAGAAAGCUCAAGACCAUUCUCCUGGACAACAACAUACUAGAUGCACUCCCAGGGUUCCUCCUGAAAAUGCCUUCCAUUAAAACAGUCCAUCGUCAUGGCAACCAUAAUUAUUUCAAAUCCACUUUUAUGUGGUACCACACAGAUGUUGAGUUUCGAAUUAUUCCUGUGUCGGGGACAAACACAUUUGGAACGAGUGAACCACAGAGCUUGCAGUUCUGGGCAGCCAAGGCUGUGAUUGGAUCCAAGCUAGACUUCUAUAAGGACCCGUCUGUGGCCCUUGUGUUAAAGGACUAUAUAUCUGACAUUUAUCACAUGUUUAGAGUGUGUCAUUUCUGCACUACAGCCUGCCUUCCUGACCAGAUAGGUUACAAGGUGAUAACAUUUAAGAAUCCUUACCUGGGAAACACCUGUGUGCCCUUUCAGCAUUGGGCCUGCUCUAUAGACUGUGCUAAAGCCUUGGAGGUUCCUGCACGCAUGGAACAGAUCCAAGCUGCCCUGCGCCUUGACAGUCUGUACGAAGAAUACGUGGAGGAGUGUACACAGAUGUUCUAUCACACGCGCCACAGUAAGGCUGUCUGUUCCUGCUUCACCUCUCGUACGACCGAGUAUGUGCCACCUUUGAACAAAGAAACAUGGCUUGCCACACCUCACUCCCCAGGGGCCAGUAGCUCCAGGAAUAACCAGUGUGCAAUAUCCUGAUGGCAAAUACAUGUACUUGUUUUGUCUCUAAUAUCUUACAUCUGAUGAGGUGUAGAUAAAAACAUGAGUCCAAGAUCCAUAACAUUCCUGAUUUUCCCGAAAACCUUGUUUAGUUGAUACCAGUGGGUGAAUGGUUACAUGUAGGCCUUAUUGGUGUGUAUAUGUAAUCAUCACAGUUGUUAGUUUAAGCAUCAAGUUGUAAUAAGUUUUCUCGUUUUAUUCUAAUUGUAUAUUUAAUUGCAAGUUGUCCAAAUUUAAUUUGGAUUUUCUUUUGUGUCAAGCAUGCAAAGUUUUACUUUCAGUCUAUCGAUAGUUUGGUAUUUAUGUGUACAAAAUGAAAUGCAAUGAUACAUUUUAAACUAACUAUCUCUGUAUUACAUGUACUAUGUAUGGAUAGUUAAGAUACCUACUGGGAGUUGACAAUAUAAAUCAAAACUUACUCCAAUCACUAGCAGAAGAGAAAUUCAUUGAACAGUGACAAUCCUGAAUGGUGCAUGAUAACAUGAAUAUAAUAUUUCAUCGCUGGACAAAAAGAUUUAUUUCAUAACAAA